CCGUGACCCCAGCACUGGGAUGGCAGCGGGACAGUCGGACCACGGCGGGACAGGAGGACGGUUCCCAGCUGAGGUGGCGGCUGGAGCGUUCCGGCAGGGGGGAUUCCAGCCAAUUUAUUUGCGAGUCAUUUUGUUACUGCUGAGAGAUUUUUUUUAUUAUUUUUAUUAUUAUUUUGCAGAGGGGGGGGUGAGGAGGGGACUGGCACCAGCUAUAAAGGCAGAGCUCCCGGAGCAGCCGGCACUUCCCCACCACCAUGAGCUCUGUCCUGGCCUGACAGCCCCUGCCUGCCCAGGGCUCGCCGGCUGAUGCCACCUCAAACCAGGGCUCGGAGCCUUUGGCAGCGCUGGGGUGGGAUGGUGUGAGCCCAGAGCUGCUUUCUUCCCUCCCACCGCCCCUCGUCUGGCUCUGGCACGAGACGAGCCCACCAGCCGCUUGGAUGAUUUGAUUUCUUCCUUGCCCGAAAACACUCCUGCCCAGAUGCUGUGGAUAAUAUUAAUGUUGCAGUUAUUCAUCAGCUCCAUGGAAAUGCUCACGCAGAACCGAUGGAAGAAGCAAGGUACGGUGCGCGCAGCCAGCUCAUCCCGCUCAGCGAGUGCCGGGCUGCUGGAGAACUGCACGGGCUGCGUCCUGUGCUCAGAGGACAACGGCUGCAUCACCUGCCACCACCGGCUCUUCCUGCUCAUCUGGAGGGACGGCAUCCGCCAGUACGGGAUGUGCGUCCACACGUGUCCCCCCGGUUACUUCGGCGUGCGGGGGCUGGAGGUCAACCGAUGCACAAAGUGCAGGUCGCCCAGCUGCGAGAGCUGCUUCAGCAGAGACUUCUGCAUGAAGUGCAAAGAGAAGUUUUACUUGCACAAGGGCCAGUGCUUUCGGCAGUGCCCCCCCAGCACCACGGCACUGCCCGGCACCCGCGAGUGCCAAGAGAUGUGCGAGCCGGGGCCCUGGAGCGAGUGGAGCGCCUGCACCCACGAGGGCCGCACGUGCGGCUGCAAGUGGGGUGUGGAGACGCGGGUCCGGGAGGUUUCGGGGGCCGCUCGGGAGGAGGGGGCUGCCUGCCCCGCGCUGCAGGAGAUGAGGAAGUGUCGCAUGAGGAAACACUGCCCGGGAGAGAAAACCGAACCCAAAAAUAAAGGCAAGAAGCGACAGAAGAAGCCAAAGACAGAACCACAGACGGGUACCUAGCAGCACUGGCAUGAGAGCAGGGGAAACGUGGUGGGAGCUGGGUGGGAGCUCCAGCCGUCGGCAUGGAGAGCUCCUGACCAGCUCCCACCGCGUUGCCCCAGCCACGUUGCCCCUGUUUUUCCAUCCACAAAAAAAAUUGCACAAUUUUCUUCCUCCCCCUCCCCGCUCCCAUUUUCUUUUGAGACAAUUUAUGGCCUGUAAAACAUUUCCUUUUCAGAAAAUCUAAUUUGCAGUGUCCAAAGCUGUACCCUGGGGCUCGGGGAGGGGGUGGCUUCUUUCUUUUUCUGGUUUUUCCCCUCCCCAGCCUGCUUGGUCCCUUCCUUCGCUCCAGUUGGGUGGGAUGGGGUUGGAUGGCACUGAUGAAGAUGAUGCCUGCCUUGGUGUCGUUCUCCAAGGCUGGGAGAUGCCCUGAGGCCACGGUGACUCCCACGGAAGUAUUGAGGUGUCACAGAGAUGCACUGCAUGCUGGGCAGGGUCACCUCAUCCUCAGCCACUGGCACAAAGGGUGAGGAGACCCCCAGAUUUGGACCUUGUUGGGGACUAUGCAACUGCUCGUGGCAACCCUGCCUAGUGCUCAGCGUCCCCACGACCAACUCCUGCCAUCUACAGAGGGCUGGCUGGAGGAGCUCCUCUUCCUGGCUGGAUGUAGGUGCGGGAAUUUGGGGUGACCAUGGCCUUGUUUGGCCAGGGCAGGGGCACACACCGUGCAACUGCAGCUGUCAGAGCGAGGUGGGGCUGGGGAUGCUGCUGCCUCCUGCAUCCCCCACUGGGAUGCACUCGGAGCAGCCACCACAGCCCAUUCCCAAAUGCCACCUGGGCCACAGCACAGGGUCACUGAGCCCCACUGUGCCAGUCUGUCCUGCCAAGCUGGCUGCCGUGUUCACAUCUCCUGCAGAAGGCGUCUGUUGGCGAGGCAUGGAGGACUAGGAGUAUAUUUAACGUGUUCUGCUCAAAGUGCUGCCCCAGAUGCUGGGGGCCUACAUGGGGGUUUGCCAGGUGAAAGCUCCUAUCCCCACUCCAAGCAGGGUCUGGCAGUAAGGUGUCAGGGUGCAGGGGCCACACAGACCCUUCAGGAUGAGAGCGC